AUGGCCAAAGACGAUAGAGCUUCGGAGACGCCCGAGCAGGCUCGUCAGCGGGCCAUUGCUGGAGUCAAGGGCGUUUUUGAGCGCUGCUCUCGCUGCCGCCGGCGCUUGAACAUAUCACGGCCGGCCUGCUGGCUCGGCCCCACCCCUCCUCCCCGGACGAGGAGCCGCCCGCCUGCCGGCGCCGCUGGCCGUCCCCCACCGGCACAGCAUCACAUUAUUGUGUCUCUCCUCUCUACCUGGUGUGACGGAUCCACUGACGCUCCGCAAAAAAACCACAGGUGGACGCGGAUGGCCGACCACAUCGGCUACGACGGCUUCGACAACAAGGUCUUCCGCGAGGUCGUCGUCGUCGACGCCGCCGCGGGCGCCGCCCUCGAGCAGCAGCGCCAGUCGCCCGACACGGCCUUCCCGCCGCCGCCCUCGGCCGUCGCCUCGAGCGUGACCUCGCUCUACAUCGACCCGUGCUACCGCAACCUCAACAACGUCGUCCACGGCGGCGCCUUCAGCCUCAUCUUCGACCUGCUGACGACCAUCGCCCUCGGCGCCGUCGAGGAGCCCGACCACUGGGCCAUCUUUGGCGGCGUCUCCCGCACCCUCAACGUCAGCUACCUCAAGGCCCUGCCCCUCGGCGUCACCGUCCACGUCCACGCGCACGUCUACGGCAUCGGCAAGACCAUGGCCUUCAUCCAGGGCUGGAUGACGAGCGAGGACGGCAAGACCGUCUACGCCACCUGCGAGCACCACAAGGCCUUUGUGCCCUCCAUGAAGCAGCGCAUCAAGUACGACCUGCCCGCCGAGUUCCGCAACAAGGAUGGCCUGGACAAGAAGCGCGAGGCGAAGCUGUGA